CGCGCGCGCCCGCCCAGCGCUUUUUUAUUUAAAAAUAAAACUCAUUUUCGUCCAGCAUUCCAGUCUAUAGUCUUUGUACAGAUAACAAUUAAUUAGAAACGUAUUAUGAAUUUUGUUUUUAAACUGUGCUAAAAUUAUUUGUGAAAGGAUAAUGUUUAAAAAUAGUGUUUUACGGAGAUCCAGUGCAGACGUAAAGCUCGUUGUAUUUCGGUGACAUAUCGACGACCUCGAACAAGCGCUUUGGCGGUUUUCGCGUUAUUUUUUUAAAUUCGGCCAGUGUGUACGGACUGUGUUCUUUUUUUAAAUGUUAAUUGUUUCGUGUGUCAAACAGUAAAAUGUGUUGUUGAAUUAUUUUCGGAUUGCCCUAUUAUUUUAUAAACGGUGGUAAUGGCGGACCAAGCACAACCCACCACCCCAGAGGGUGACGACACCGGCCAGCCGGUGGUGGUACAACCAAAGAAACAGGCGCGAGCUAGGGGGAAACCGCAGCCUGAGAAACCCAAGAGGAGCCUCCUGUGUUUGGGCUUGAAGAACCCACUUAGAAAACUCUGCUAUGAUAUCGUGGAGUGGAAACCCUUCGAAUAUAUGAUUUUGACAACGAUAUUUGCAAAUUGCAUCGCGCUUGCUGUAUUCACGCCCUACCCUUCCGGAGAUACGAAUAAUACUAAUCAGAUUUUAGAAAAAGUGGAAUGGAUAUUCAUGGCAAUCUUCACCGGAGAAUGUGUGAUGAAAAUUAUAGCAUAUGGCUUCUUAUUUCAUCCUGGCGCAUACCUUAGGAAUGCAUGGAACAGUCUCGACUUUACCAUCGUCACUAUUGGAAUAGCGAGUCAGAUAUUGCAAUAUAUUUCAAAGGAUCUGUUCGAUGUGAAAGCUCUGAGGGCGUUCAGAGUGCUGCGGCCGUUACGUCUAGUAUCUGGAGUGCCAAGUCUCCAAAUAGUACUCAACUCGAUCCUGAAAGCGAUGGUGCCCUUGUUCCACAUAGCGUUCCUAGUGCUUUUCGUGAUCAUCAUCUACGCUAUCAUCGGUCUGGAACUCUUUGCUGGUGCUCUCCAUGAUACCUGUUUUGAUAAUCAGACAGGUAAAAUGGUAGACGAUCCCACCCCCUGCUCCCGUGACGCGGAAGUGGGGAACCAUUGCAACGAGGGGGAGGUUUGCAAGGGCUAUUGGGAGGGGAUCAACUUUGGUAUCACCAAUUUUGAUAAUAUCGGAUACUCCAUGUUGACCGUGUUCCAAUGCAUCACGCUAGAAGGAUGGACGGAUAUUAUGUAUGCUAUAGCAGACGUAAAAGGGAAUACCUGGGUCUGGAUAUAUUUCGUGACUCUGGUCAUUUUUGGAAACUUUUUCGUGAUGAACCUUAUUCUUGGUGUGUUGUCUGGAGAGUUCUCCAAAGAGAGAGAGAAAGCCAAGAACCGGGGUGACUUCCAGAAGUCACGUGAGCGGCAGCAGUUUGAAGAGGACCUGAAGGGCUACCUCAACUGGAUCACCGUCGCUGAGGAGCUCGACCUGGAGAACGACCAGGGGCAGAGGGAUCAAGACCAGGAUGACCAGGGAAAUAAGAAAGAAAGAAAAAAUAACGAGGGCUCUCAGAACAAUAUAAAUUCGAACGGCGACGCCCAGCAGACGACAUCUUGUAAAAUAUAUUGCAAGAGGUUUGAUAAAGUGAACCGGCGCAUGCGCAGGGCGUGCCGCAAGGCCGUCAAGUCGCAGACGUUCUACUGGGCGAUCAUUGUUCUUGUGUUUUUGAAUACACUCGUUUUGGCAACAGAACAUCAUAAUCAACCACAGUGGCUGGAUGAUGUUCAGAACUACGCAAACUACUUGUUUGUUGUGCUCUUCACGAUGGAGAUGCUGGUAAAGAUGUACGCUUUAGGCUUUCAGGGUUACUUCGUAUCCUUGUUCAACCGCUUCGACUGUUUCGUCAUGGUGUGCUCGAUCGUCGAACUGGCUCUCACGAUAUCGGGAACGAUUCCGCAACUCGGUAUAUCUGUGUUGCGUUGUGUUAGAUUGCUUCGGGUUUUUAAGGUUACUAAAUACUGGCGUUCCCUCUCCAAUCUGGUUGCUUCUCUUCUCAACUCCAUCCAGUCUAUCUUCUCCCUUCUCUUACUCUUGUUCCUGUUCAUCAUGAUCUUCGCUCUGUUGGGGAUGCAGGUGUUCGGCGGAAGAUUUGACUAUGAGCCUGAGGAACAGAAGGAGAGACACAACUUCGACUCUUUCUGGCAAGCGGUGUUGACUAUGUUUCAGAUUUUAACAGGCGAAGAUUGGAACGUGGUGAUGUACCACGGUAUCAACGCCUAUGGCGGUGUCGGCACGCCCGGCAUGUUGGCCUCUAUCUAUUUCAUCGUCAUCUUCAUUUGUGGUAACUACAUUCUAUUGAACGUGUUCUUGGCCAUUGCCGUCGACAAUUUGGGAGACGCUGAAGAUAUGGAUGAAGAAAUUGUGAAAGAGAAAGAUGGUGGAGAUAACCCUGAAGCCGGGAAUCCACAGCUGGAUGAAGAAAGAGGUGAAACUGAUGAUGAAUAUGCCAAUGAUGAAGAAGGAUACUCUAGUGACGGCCAAAAGUUUAAGAAAUAUAAGAGAGUCGCAAGAUCGGAGAAUGAAUAUGAAGAGACAGGGUCGGAGGAAGAGGGUGAAUUAGAGCAAGAGGAACAGAAUGAUGGUGUUAAAGACGUUUUAGUCACUGCAGAGAAGAAGCAAAAUGGAGACAUAAAGAAGGAGGAACCUCAGCCCCCUCCCAAACGCCAACCCACCAUCACAGCUCGCCCCAGAAGACUGUCUGAAGUGGAAAUAAAGACCCAAGAGAAACCCAUUCCAGAAGCCACCAGCUUCUUUAUAUUUUCAAAGGAUAAUUGGUUCCGAGUUUCCUGCUACAAGGUACAGAACAACUCGUGGUUCCGGAAUCUAAUUCUGAUUUGCAUUCUGGCCUCGUCUCUCAUGUUGGCCAUGGAGGAUCCAGUCGAAGGGAAAUCCACGGAAGCAAAGCGAGAGAUCCUUCGCAAGAUCGACUAUUUCUUCACCACGGUGUUCACCAUCGAGCUGAUAUUGAAACUUAUCACCUAUGGUUUCAUCCUUCACAAGGAUGCCUUCUGUCGCUCCGCUUUUAACUUGUUGGACUUGUUGGUUGUUAUCGUUUCUCUUGUAUCUUUAACUGGCUCAAACAACGUAUCAUUCAUAAAGAUCUUGCGAGUGUUCAGAGUGCUGAGACCGCUCCGUGCGAUAAACCGGGCGAAAGGUUUGAAGCACGUAGUACAAUGCGUUAUCGUUGCUAUUAAAACGAUCGGCAACAUUUUGUUGGUGACAAACCUCCUUCAGUUCAUGUUCGCUGUAAUGGGAGUGCAAAUGUUCAAGGGAAAAUUCUAUAUGUGUUCAGAUAUAACCAAAGUGAAUUCUGAACAAUGCCAGGGAGCAUAUCUGGUAUACAAGAAUAACAAGCCAACCAUUGAAGAUCGUGUUUGGAUGAAAAAUAAGUUUAAUUUUGAUAAUGUACUCAAUGGAAUGCUCACUCUGUUCACUGUGUCCACAUUUGAGGGGUGGCCAGGCUUAUUAUCUACGUCAAUGGAUUCGAAUGAAGAGAAUCAUGGUCCUAUAGAAAAUUCUCGGCCACUCGUCGCGUUUUUCUAUAUAAGUUAUAUUAUUGUGAUAGCAUUUUUUAUGGUUAAUAUAUUCGUAGGUUUUGUCAUAGUUACAUUCCAAAAGGAAGGAGAGCAGGAGUUUAAAGAUUGUGAAUUAGAUAAAAAUCAGAGGAAUUGUAUAGAGUUUGCGUUGAAAGCGAAACCAAUUAGAAGGUAUAUACCAAAACAUAGAAUACAGUAUAAGACAUGGUGGUUUGUGACGUCACAAAGAUUUGAAUACGUAAUAUUUUUCUUUAUCGUCCUUAACACAGUGGCACUCAUGAUGAAAUAUCAUGACGCGAAACCCCUCUAUAAGAAAGCGUUAGAUUAUCUAAAUAUGGUUUUAACUACAGUAUUUAUGUUGGAGUUCGUCUUUAAAUUGGCAGCAUUUAGAUUUAAGAAUUACUUUGGCGACGCGUGGAAUACGACCGACUUUAUUCUAGUUGUGGGUAGUAUCAUAGACAUUGUGGUGACUCAGGUCAAUGAGAAUAAACUGCCGUCUCUUGCUCCUUUGGAAGUUAAAGAGCUGGACACAUCUAAUGAAAAUAAGGAGGGCACCCUCUUAAAAUACAUCAUUUUCUUCCGACUCUUUCGAGCAAUGCGACUGAUAAAGCUACUAUCGCGGGGCGAGCGAAUACGAACCUUAUUGUGGACGUUCAUAAAGUCCUUCCAAGCUCUGCCCUAUGUCGCCUUGUUGAUCGUCCUACUUUUCUUCAUUUACGCUGUGGUUGGGAUGCAGCUCUUCGGUAAAAUAGCACUGGAUGAUGACAUUAUUACAAGAAAUAACAAUUUCCAAACGUUCGGUGGCGCUCUGAUGGUGUUGUUUAGAUCAGCUACUGGAGAAGCAUGGCAGGACAUAAUGAUGGCUCUAUCACCAAAUGAAGACCAACAUCCUGGAGUACCAGUAGCUUGUUUCAGGCCUGAUGGCGAUAAUUCCACAAUAUCCGAUGAAGGAUGUGGAACACGUCUCUCGUUCCCUUACUUCAUAUCUUUCUCGCUGCUUUGUACGUUUUUAAUUAUCAACUUGUUCGUGGCUGUAAUUAUGGACAACUUCGAUUAUCUGACAAGGGAUUGGUCCAUCCUCGGGCCACAUCAUCUUGAUGAAUUUGUGAGAUUAUGGAGUGAGUAUGAUCCAGAUGCCAAAGGACGUAUCAAGCAUUUGGACGUGGUAACGUUGUUGAGGAAAAUAAGUCCUCCAUUAGGCUUCGGCAAACUGUGUCCGCACCGGACCGCAUGCAAGCGCCUCGUCUCAAUGAACAUGCCCCUCAACUCUGACGGUACUGUCAACUUUAACGCCACUCUGUUUGCCGUUGUGCGAACGCAAUUGCAAAUUAAAACUACUGGUAUAAUAGACGAAUGCAACACAGAACUGCGAGCUAUCAUCAAAAAGGUUUGGAAGAGAACAUCUCCCAAGCUGCUGGACCAAGUGGUCCCGCCUCCGGGAGACCCCAAUGAGAUCACUGUCGGCAAGUUCUAUGCCACCUUCCUGAUACAAGAUUACUUUAGACGGAACCAUGCAUUCAGGAAACGCAAAGAGCUGGCCGCAGCCCAGAACAAUCAGAUGACAUUACAGGCUGGUUUACGCACACUGCAUGAGGCGGGUCCGGAAUUGAAGAGAGCUAUAUCUGGUAACCUGGAUGAGGUUGUUGGGGAAACUGUGGAACCUAUGCAUAGGCGCAAUCACACACUAUUUGGAGCGGUUUGGACAAGUAUUAAGAAAGGCCGCGGUAGUUUUUACGCACCUCGUAAAGUGCCAAAAACUAUGGUUAAAUCUAAAUCGGCCAAUGGUGAUAAAGGCAUGACUCUAAGUAUGAUGAUGCAGAGAGAACUUGGCAUGGACGGCAAGAUACCAGAAGAGGAGAAUAAAUAUGAUGAGAAUCACAGCGAUGGUGAUGAAGAAAUCGCGAUGCAGCCGCUGCUUCACGGAAAGGACUCGGAGAGGAUCUUCAGAGUUAUCGAAAAAACAUCCAACGAUCUUAUGAAGAGUAUGAGAAACAGCAAUCGUGACAAUAUGCCCAGACAGACAAACAACGUGCCUUAUUGUGUAGACAAGCCAGCGGAGAAUCUCAUUGCUCGGGUGUUAACCGAGCAGGGCCUAGGCAAGUACUGUGACGCGGACUUUCUGCAGAGCACCUCCCGCGAGAUGCAGGAGGCCCUCGACCUCACUCAGGAGGAGAUGGACACCGCUGCUAACCAAAUUAUUUUACAAGAGCGCAAUAUGGCGAGGGACCCGAAUAUACACAGCGAUGUGGAAAGUAUACUCUCUCGGCAGUACCAUCCCUUCCACCAGCCGGCCAUGCCCCCAACAGUGAAAUAAAGCAUUUUUUUAUUAAUUUUUUGGCGACAUUUUUUCACCCACGUCGGUUGACACCGCGCGGGUUUGUUUCAAGCUAGCUUUGAGCUUUCAGCCGAGCUUCGGGCGUGUCGGAGAAUUGUACAUAGUUUAAAAUAUAUUUAUCGUAAAUUAUAGUUGUUUUAAUCGUAUAUGAAAUGUUAUGUAAUCAGCCAUUUGAGGAAAAUUUGUCUAUUUGGGACGGAUUUUUAUAAAGGAAAUAUGCUAUUUUGGUUUUUAAGUUAAAUGCAAUGUUUGAAGCGAUUUUAGGAUUCAGAGCCUACGGAAUUGUGAGAUAUUUUGUAAGUGUUCAUACAAUUUUUAUAAGGUUGCUACCGUCCUGUUUUUGAAUGUAAUGCGUUAUAUUAUUUUUGUAUUAAAAAUUGUUUGAAGGGAAGUUAUUAUUCGCUAAUUUAUAAUAUUCGCAGCGUUUAAUUGUUAAAAAUAUUAAAGUUUAUUUAAAGCAUAUGGAUAUUAUAAUGUGCUUAUUAUGAAGUAAGAGGUUUUAAGAAAAAAAAAUGGCAAUGUGCCUUAUUUAUAUAAACUAUAUAAACAUUAUAUGUUAUUGAAUACAAUAAGUGCCAAAGUAUGUAUCAAUUAUUUAUUUAGUUUAUAGAAGCCUUCUUUAUUAAUAUAAUGGCUAUAUAGGACUAUAGUUUUCCAAAAUAUUUGUUCGUCAGGUGAAUAACCUUUCACGAAAUAAAUCGUAUUUGAAACGAUUACAUCUUUAAAAUUAUUAAAACUAGUCAUGAAGUGCUUGUAUU